GGCAGACAAAAGUCCACUGUGUAUAAACUGAUAGCAGUCAGCCCAGCCCUGUAGAACUGGGGUAGUUGGUGUUCAGCUCAGCUAAGCUCAGAGCUAUCCUGACAAAGAUGGACUAUGCCAAGAAGUCUCUGGGACUGCUCUCCCCAAGGUCUCUUUCUAAGUGUGUCUCUACCGGGGCCUCCAUGACACAACAACUGCUAGCCACCCCUACUCAACGUGCCCGGCCUUACCGAGUGAGCAACUGGGACCGCACCGUGCGCAAGGGUAUUAUGGCUGACAGCUUGGAGGACUUGGUUGAGAAAGUGCGCAAUGCUCUGCUCUUGGUGGGUACCCUAUCAAUUGUCAUAGAGGAGGAUGGCACCAGCGUGGAGACAGAAGAGUUCUUCCAGACUCUAGAGGAGGGAACCGUGUUGCAAGUGUUAACCAAGGGCCAGAUCUGGCGUCCAGCCAAGACUGCAGGCUACCAGCUGUCAUUUUCCCACAAGCCCCGGCACCGGAUUGAUGUGGCAUGUGUAACUUUUGAUCUCUACAAGACCAAUCCUCGGGACUUAAUUGGUUGCUUGAACGUUAAAGCCACCCUCUAUGGCACAUACAGUAUGUCCUAUGAUAUGCAGUGCUACGGAGCCAAACGGAUGAUGAAGGAAGCUCUGCGCUGGACACUCUUCACAAUGCAAGCUACAGGCCACGUGCUGCUUGGCACGUCUUGUUACAUGCAGCAGUUGUUGGAUGCCAGUGAAGAGCAGAAAGAGGAAGUCUCGUCGCUUCUGCCCAGCCUCCAGUUUCUUCCCACCAGGAAAAUGCUGAAGUGAAGGCGGUUCCCUCGUCACUGAGACUCUGUAUUGGAAGCUGAUACACCAGCUCCUGCUAUGGCGUAAGGGUGAAUAGAGGCUGGGCAUUUUUAUGCUCCACCUGGACAUAAAUGUAGCCGGUAGAAAAGUUGCUUGGAACACAACACAGGGUGUCAGAAGAUUUUCUUCAUGCUCAUUCAGAUGUACUGUGCUGAGGAAAAUGUGCUAUUUCAAUGUGCCAAAAAGCACUGCUUACUAGUCGGUGAAAGCCAUGAAGAAAGGCCUCAAAUACUUUUUUAAAAAGAACUGUUUUCUUUUCUGGAUGCAUCAUUUCUCACAUGGUGUCCUGCCGUAAUGAGUAUUGUAUUGUGAAUAUAUAAUAUUUAAAGACUAUUUCUUAAA